GAGGCCUCCGUUUCGACAGGCUCUUUUGCUGGUUAAGGGGAAAGUAAUGCUGGCGUGUCACCCUGGGGGGAAGCAUGCGAGCGCAGUUAAAUGGCAGGCGUCCAUUUUGAUUCUGUUGUCACCAGAAUCACACCCUGGGAAUGCCAAUAAUCUUGGCAGAUGACCCUCUUCCUUCAGCUGCAUUAAGCACUAUUUAUUAGUUGGAAAUACUGAAUGAACUCGACGGAAUGUUUUAAUGCUACGCCUAGUGUGUCUUCUAAAGAUAGGUGAUAGAAAUCAGGUUUACCUACCUAUCACUUCCCUCUUUGCUAUCCCAUAGAGGGGUUAAAAAUAGUUAUCAGUCCUGUAAUUCAAAAUUUGAACAUCUAAGUAGACACACAAAAAAGUGAAGGUCUCUUCCUUCCUCUACUUAAAAACAUUAUGUGAUGAAUCUUGAGUGAAAAGACCGCUUUCUCGGUGGUGUCUGUGGGUCAAGAGUUUCCUUGGAUGAAUCACCACCCCAACUCAUGAAGGUCACCUGGGAAGACUCCUUGUAGACCUGCAACUGCCCCUCAUCUCCACUGGAGGCCUUCCAGCUUUAAAUUCCCAAGCCCUCUUUCGGGGAUUCAGUUCUGUGAGCUGCUCCCUCUUCCAUUAAGCAGGUAGAAGGCUCUGGGUCUCCUGGGAACCCCCAUUCCACCUGCACGGUGGGAUCAAAGUGAAGCUCUCCAUGACAGGAGGAGAUGCACAAGUCAUUCUCCUUGGUCCUUGAAGUCCAAAGGAAAGAGUUAGAUGAUCCAUGACAUACAGAGAGUUUCUCUGGUUCCAUACCAUGGGUGACACUGCAGAAGAGAGCGGGCUUUCAGUAGAAGUAACCCUAGCACACCAGAAGUACACAGCUGGGGUUUCUGAAACUGAUGGGGACCUAGGAUGGAAGAGUGGGAGUAAGCAAUUAACAAGAAAUGCGUGUUUGAGACCUUGCGUAUAGAAGGGGCCCCCACUCAACCCCAUGAGUGCCACUGCCAAGUGGCAGUCAUGCCAACCGUCUUCUACUUCUCUCAGGCCCUUGCCAGGGUUCACACUGCUUCAGCUCAAUUGGCGUAUGUCAUCUUUACUAACUGGCUUCUGGGAUGAGAGCAACUGAACUCUCUUAAUCUUUCAGUCUCCACGACUUCCAGUAUCUUCCUUCAUAACUCUAUUUCCUUUUCUCUCUUGAUACCAUUGCUACUUGAUUUUCAACAGCGUAAUGAAUUCUGGCGUAAAUGGCAACAGCAGCAGGGUCUCGCAGCGGGCUCCUGUCCAGGGGUCCCAGGAGGAGCCUGUCCGCGGUGUAGGCGCAUGCCCAACAGGGACAGAGGAAGUUACAUCCGAACAGCUGCCACAGGAUGGCAAAGAAGAGCAAGAAGGAGGUGCUCAAAGAGCUUCUGAGAUGCCGCCGCAGGCUGAAGGAUCCAAGGAGAGUGGCCAGCCACUUUCACGUCCCCUGGCCUCUGAACGGGAGGCUUCGGGGAAAGAAGAGAGCUCAGAGAAGAUGACAGCGCCUGCCUGGAGUGGCAGCAGACUGAAAAACCAAAGAAAGCUGUAUGAUUCACAAAGAGAUGACAUGAUGGCCAGGAGAACUGGGAUGUCUCUUAGACACGUUCGAUCCAACCCAAACCAGUUCCUUCCGGUUCCAUUUGCAAAGCAACAGAAUGCGGAAAAAUCUGCAAAAGGCCCAGCAAUGAAAGAUAAGAGAUACGGUCCGAGAACCCCUGUGUCUGAUGACGCAGAGAGCACGAGUAUGUUUGACAUGCGAUGUGAGGAGGAGGCUGCAGUGCAGCCGCACAGCAGGGCCCGCCAGGAGCAGCUGCAACUGAUAAAUAACCAGCUGCGGGAAGAGGACGACAAAUGGCAAGAUGACCUGGCUCGUUGGAAGAGCCGCAGAAGAAGUGCUUCUCAAGACUUAAUCAAGAAGGAGGAAGAAAGGAAAAAAAUGGAGAAGUUACUGGCUGGAGAGGAUGGGACCAGUGAACGAAGGAAAAGCAUCAAAACCUACAGAGAAAUUGUUCAAGAAAAAGAGCGGAGAGAGAGGGAGCUGCAUGAGGCGUAUAAGAACGCGCGGUCCCAGGAGGAGGCGGAGGGCAUCCUUCAGCAGUACAUCGAGAGGUUCACCAUCAGCGAGGCUGUUCUCGAGCGCUUGGAGAUGCCAAAAAUCCUGGAAAGAAGCCAUUCAACGGAGCCAAACUUAUCCCCCUUCCCAAACGACCCCAACCCCAUGAAAUACCUGCGGCAACAGUCACUGCCUCCGCCCAAAUUCACUGCCACUGUGGAAACCACCAUCGCUCGCACCAAUAUCCUGGAUACCAGCCUAUCAGCAGGCAGUGGGUCUCCGAGCAAAACUGUCACUCCCAAAGCAGUGCCUAUGCUGACACCCAAGCCUUACUCCCAGCCCAAAAACUCUCAAGAGGUUCUGAAGACCUUUAAGGUAGAUGGGAAAGUCAGCGUGAACGGGGAAACGGCUCACGGCGACGAGGAGGAGCGGGAAAGCGGGGGUCCCACAGAGGCCUCUGCCCCCUCCUUAACCAAGUCCCAGAGGUUCGAAGGUGUGGCCCGAGUGCACGGGUCCCCCGUGGAGCUGAAGCAAGACAAUGGUGGCAUCGAGAUCAACAUAAAGAAGCCAAAAUCCGUUCCCCAAGAACCGGCGGCAACCACUGAGGAUAUUGACCUGAACAGUCAAGAAGAUAAGACUGAUGGUGGAAAACCACACAAAGGGAAUACAGAACUUGCCUCCUCAGAGCCACAGCAUUUUACAACCACUGUGACUCGAUCCAGCCCGACUGUGGCCUUGGUGGAGUUUUCCUCCAGCCCCAAGCCGAAGAGCGAUGUGCCGGAAGAAGAGGACCCGAAGACACCGGAAACUGAAAUGAGUGGGAAGGUGGAGUUGGUGCUGUCACAAAAGGUGGUAAAGCCAAAAUCUCCAGAACCAGAAGCAACCCUGACGUUUCCAUUUCUGGACAAAAUGCCUGAAACCAGCCAGUUACAUUUGCCAAAUCUCAAUUCUCAAGUGGAUUCUCCAAACAGUGAAAAGUCACCUGCAACUACACCUUUUAAGUUCUGGGCGUGGGACCCGGAAGAGGAGCGCAGGCGACAGGAAAAAUGGCAACAGGAGCAGGAACGUUUGCUCCAGGAGAGAUACCAGAAGGAGCAGGACAAGCUGAAAGAAGAGUGGGAAAAGGCCCAAAAGGAAGUGGAAGAGGAGGAACGCAGAUACUACGAGGAGGAGCGCAAAAUAAUUGAAGACACUGUGGUCCCGUUUACUGUUUCUUCGACUUCUGCAGACCAGCUGUCCACAUCCUCCUCCGUGACGGAAGGCAGCGGCACAGCGAAUAAGAUGGACCAGGAAAACUGUCGUGAAAGAGGACAAGACACAAGACAGAAGACACCGUUCCAGGGGGACAACCAGGACUUGUUGCUGAGGGCUAGCGAAAGCGAGCCACUGGAGGAAAAGGGCAGCCUUACUCAGGGGGCCUUGACUGAUUUGGAGAACCCCACAUCCAAAGGAACCCAUCAGGAUGACCAGCUGGUUACAGAAGCUGAGGCCCCACACUGUGGGGUGAACCCACAGCUAGCUCAGGAUCCAUCCCGGAAUCAGCAGGUAUCAAACCCUCCCAUGAACGCUGUGGAAGAUGUGAAGCCAAAAACCCUCCCAUUGGAUAAAAGCAUUAACCAUCAGAUUGAGUCACCAAAUGAAAGGCGGAAGAAAAGCCCUCAAGACAACUUCCAGGCAGGACAUUUGUCCCCCUGUCCUCCCACCCCUCCUGGCCAGUCACCAAACAGGUCUAUCAGCGGGAAGAAGCUGUGCUCUUCCUGUGGGCUUCCUUUGGGGAAAGGAGCUGCGAUGAUCAUCGAGACCCUCAAUCUCUAUUUUCACAUCCAGUGCUUUAGGUGUGGAAUUUGUAAAGGACAGCUUGGAGACGCAGUGAGCGGGACUGAUGUUCGGAUUCGCAACGGUCUCCUAAACUGUAAUGAUUGCUACAUGCGAUCCAGAAGUGCUGGCCAGCCCACAACGUUGUGACAUGGCUUGCAGGCUUCCUGACCACCUACCGUUUCUUUCUUGAGAGUGUCUCCUGGCAAUUGUUUAACAGAAUUCCAAGUUCAGGGGCUUCUCAGCAUUCAUCUAAUUUCUGAAAGGCUAUUCUAAAAAAUGGUAUCUGUUCUUUUAUAGCACAUUGUUUGUGUUUCUCCUGGUUGUUGUUUUUGUUUUUUUUGCAUUUGCACAGUAUAUACACAAAAGUCUUGAAUUGUAAUGAUUCUGACUAGCUCAAAAGAAGGUGUUAGUACAGUCAGACAGACUUACAGUUUAAAAUGUGUUAUUCUCUUCUUUUGGGACUUAAUGAGAUAAAUGAUUCAAUAGACCUGUUUUGUUUUAGUAUUUCUAGGAAUUAAAUACUUUGUGUUUACAAAAUUGAGCUGCAGAAAGUGCAAGACAUGCCAAUUUGAGACACAUGGUCUUUUAAGACAGGAGCAUACAAUUAAUGCGUUUCAGAAACUAAAAACCACAUCAUAUAGCUCCGAGCUAUAACUGUUUUUAAUGCAAAGACACUAAUCUGAUAAUAUAUACUGUAAUCCUGAAACAUUUGUGUUACUUACCUUUUGAGGUAGAAGUCAUACCAAUAAAUUAUUGCACCAUUAGUGUUAGGUUUUGUAUACUUUGAAGGUUAUGCCAUUGAUAGAGUCUGGCCCAUCAAAUGAAGAGAAAGAACCCUUGCAAUAUCAACCAGACUUACACUCUGGAUGUUGCCCAAGGGUAGGGAAAAAAAAAACCCAGAGGAAACUAUUUUAGUCAUCAUUUCCAAAGUUAUUACCAAAACGUGUAAGGAAGUUUGAUCUUCAAAAGAGUGGUGGGCCUUUGCUAGCCAUGAGGACUUUGUUGCUUGCUUCUCUUCAGACUCCACAUUCAAUACAAGACUCUGCAUAAGACACACGGAAGGAAGCUCUCUCGUCGAGAACAGUCCUCCAUUAAGUGGGACCUCGGCUCACCCUGGCCUGCAAGUUCUCUAUCAGGGCCUGAGCACAGGUGUCUAAACAAAAACAUUAAGUUCGUCCUAAUAGAAUCCAAAUGACAUAUGAUGUGAUAAGCCACUGGGGUGUGGCCAGCAAGAACCUACAGGUCAUAUGUGCGCUACCCACUGUAAUGGAUAUCUGGUCUUCCUCAUUCUCCCACGUCACCGACUCUCCUUCCUAUCAAGAAUUCUGGACCUUGCUCAUGGAGAUUUUGAGAGAGGAACUCUUGUGGACAGCUGGUUGUUUCUUGCCCUGUGUGGUGAGUUUCAGCUAGCUGAGAAAGGAAUCGAGAAAGGAAAGCAUCAUGUUUUAAAUCUCCAGGCUGUUUCUUUAAAACUGGGGAAAGGAGAACUAUUUAUUCUGCCUUAAAAUGAUGGCAAAUAAGUGAAGAUGACAUUUUGUGAAUGUAGACUAUGGCUAUCCUCCUAAUAGGUUAAUGUAGUCAUAAAAGGAGAUCGAGUAGAUGUUUUUCUGUUAUGUAAGCAAUAAUUUUUUUCUGUGUCUUAUUGAGUAUGGCUAGCAAUUAUUUAUUUACAUGCUAGACGGUUCUCUGCAUGCGGGUUCCAUGUAAGUGCAGAAAUUUCCUCAGCCACUGGAGGUGUUUUGACUAUUUUGUCAUUUGGAUGAGCUGUUGUCAGACUGAAAUUUAUACAUCCCUUCGUUAAAAAUUGUGCCUUAGAAAAUGCAAAGCUGUUGCACACAGUGAUGAAUUAUGGAUGCAGUACAUUGAAGAGAGACGAAGUCACCUCCAAGUUCCCAAGACUCACGGAGGUGUUCACUGUUUUACAGGGGGAAAAAAUCAAAACAGAAAAAGAAAAACAGAAAAAAUUAAAAAGAAAAAGUUUUGAAAAUGUACAGAUUAAGUUCAAUAUUUUGGUUAACCACCUGCAUGUUUUAUUAAAUAUUUUGAUAAUGUGAUGUUUACACUUUGCAUGAUAUUAGCAGAGUACUUUACCAGAAAUAAUGCACAAAACAUGUACAAUAUGAUCAUUCAUAACCGAUUUUUAUGGAAUACUUUUUACAUGUGGAACUCCAUCCGUUAUGUAGGAAUUAUAUGAAUAUUGCACAUUCUCUUCUGGUUUCACAAACCCAUUUAUACAUAUUUCUUAGAGAGACUCAUUGUACAUGUAUUGAAGCUAGAAUUGAGUCAAGAAAAAUAAAGCGCAUUCUCCGACUGCGAAAUGCUUUCCCAUAAUGAACUAUAGUCACCAGCACAGAAUAAUCUCCAACAUUUUCUAAAUUCUAAUUGCCAACUGUUUCUAUUUAUAUUUGAUUUAUAUUUCAUUUGGAGUCUGUUACAUGGCAGACUAGAUCUUGUUUUUUCCGAUGCAGCAUAAUGAGUAUGAUCUAUUUCUUUUCAAAUAAUCUUUGAGAUCCCAGGGAAAAAAAAUGCUCUGCUCUGUUGAGCUACAAUGUAAAUGUGUUUGCUUUAAAAAAAAAAAAAGAUGAGGCAAGUGAAUGAUUUAUUGUUCCUGAGGAAAUAUAUCUGAUUUUUUCUCAUACUCCGAAAGCUAGCUCCUUCUCUUUCUUACAAGUAAAUGGGGAACUCUGUUUUUCACUCGCAAACUUUCAUGACAUUUUCUCAUUCUUUCUAUGUAGUGUUAUUAAUGCAAUACCUAUUAUAGUUAUUGAUACACAGCGUAAGACCUAAUGAACUGAAAUGAUCCACCUCCCGUGUGAGUCCGUCCAAAAGAUGUUGCUGUUCCGGUGGGCCAGUGUUCUAUGUCAGUUACACUAACCUUCAUUUAAAAUAUUUAUUCUAAAAUGCCUCUGAGAAAUAGUAAGAAAAUAAAAAGUUGCCUAAAAUGCAACAGCUUUUAUAGCAAAUGUACAUUUAUAAAUAAAAUACUCAAAUCAA